GGUCAAUGUAACCCUUGUAACUUAUAUAUGGAUUUGUUUUUCUAUUAUCAUUUGUUAACUUGUUGCCGGAAAUUUGUCAAUCAUUCUGCAACAGUGGAGAGAAUUGUGGCAGAGAGAGUGAGGAAGAAACUAGCGCCCCAGCAGUGUAGACAAAAUUAUUUCACCAUGGCUAGACAUCGGUGGCAGGUCACGCUUGCAGUAGGCCUAUGACUCAUGUCCAGCCAUCACGGUCAUCAGCUGUCUCACCCUAACCCUUAUUCCAUAGUGCUUGCUAGCUCCCAGUGACACUGCCCACAAGUACAGGGGGCACUGCAGUUCGACAUUUAGGUGACAGUGAUUCAUCAGAUCUUACCAAACUGAAGAAUCCGUCAGGGAUGUCGGCAACAACAACCAUGGCACCCAAGUUCUCUGUGUUGACAACUCCUUGCAGAUUAUGCUUUAAAGCAGCCAAGUGGCUACCUGUUAUUUUUAUUGUGACUGUGGUAGUCUGGUCGUAUUAUGCCUAUGUGAUCCAGCUCAACAUCGGUACUAUUGCGAACAUCAUAGAAAAAUGUUUUUAUCUUAUUGCAUACCAUGUAUUAUUGGGGCUCUUCUUGUGGGCCUACUGGCAGACCAUCUUCACAGACAUUGGCACAGUUCCUAAACAGUUUCGGUUACCACCAACGGAAUUGGAUCGCUAUGAGUCGGCGGAGACGGAGGAAGUGAGACGGGACGUCCUAGAGAGAUUUAUUCAGAAGCAGAGCCUCCCAGUGUACAACCGCACCAUGACUGGCGAUAUCCGUUAUUGUGAUAAGUGUGUGCAGAUCAAGCCAGACAGAUGCCACCACUGCUCAGUGUGUGGAGUAUGUGUCUUAAAACUGGAUCAUCAUUGCCCAUGGGUUAACAACUGUGUUGCCUUCACAAACUACAAAUUCUUCAUAUUAUUCUUGGGAUAUGCUCUCCUCUACUGCCUUUUUAUUGGAGCUACAACUUUGCAAUAUUUCAUCAAGUUUUGGAAGGUAAGAGAAAAAAAUGAGCUUGGUGAGGAGGGAAAGUUCCACAUAUUGUUCGUCUUCUUCGUGUCCAUCAUGUUCGCCAUCAGUCUGGUCUCAUUGUUUGGCUACCACAUCUUCUUAGUCGUCAAGAAUAGGUCCACACUGGAGUCGUUCCGUGCUCCUAUCUUCCGGCUGAACCAUGCUUGGCUACAGGAUAAAGACGGCUUCAGUUUGGGUGCUUUCAAUAACUUUGUUGAAGUGUUUGGGGAUAACAAGAAGCUAUGGUUCCUUCCAGUGGCCUCCAGUCUAGGCGAUGGUGUAAGUUACCCGGUGCGCGGCCAACAACCCCCUUCUACCACCACUGCCACCACCUCCCCUGUGCAAUCCUAUGGCAGCACACAGACCAGAAAAUGUCAGAGAGCAGCAGACGCACGUGUGACUGGUAGCAGCGCUGAGACACAACUGACGCCUCACACCUGCGUGGGUCAAGCUUCGGCCACGUCGGGUCGUGUUCGGCAUCAUUCUGGUUUGGGUGAUGGGGUUACCUACCCUCAGCGGUGUGUAGAUGAAGACACAGAUGAUUUGUUAGGUGCUCGACAACGUUGGGCUGAGGAUGAAGAAGAAAAUGAGUUGGUGUGUACUGGAUAUGCCAAUAACCAUACACAUGCACUGGAGGAAGUUGUGGUUCAGGGUAACCAUACUAAUCCUGUUUAAAGACUGGAAGGGGGACCUAUGCAUCUGUAAGCUUAGGUUUAAUCACUGUCAUUUGAAUGAAGUUGAAGAUCUGUGUAUCUGCAGACAUUGUUUUUAUCACUUUGUCAUAAAAGAGGAUACAGUAACAGUAUCUGCAUCUACAACAUUUGGUUUAAACAUUGUCUCUUGAAAGAAAAUAUAUGCAUCUGCAAACUUUAUUUUAAUCUUGGCAAUAAAAGUUUCAUCACAAUUUAAUUUUUAAGAAUGGUUGCCAGAAUUGUUGGCACAAUCCAGAAAAGUUAUUUUAUUUCUUUUAUAUUGUCCCACAAAUGAACUGGGUGGUCUGUAAGAGAGCAGAAAAUGAACUUUGUGGGAAAUUAUGUUUACAAAGUGAAAAAUUGCUAGUGCAUUUCAACAAGUACAGAUGUGAGACAGGACCAGUGAUUAAGAGUGUUGCGACAUGCCACGAAGGUCAAGGUAUGGACUCCACACACUUAAAGGUGAAAAAGUCCAGUGUGUCAGUUCUGCUAUUGCCUGUGUAAAUUUUUGUUCUUGGAGUGAUUGUAGCCAUGGAGUGAGCACAACCCUGAAUGUAUUGAAGUUAAACAAAUCCUGUAUGCUUAUGUUAGUGCAAAGUACAGUAGACCCCCAAUAUAACAUGAGAGUAGGACCAAGAAUUGUCUUGAAUUGCGUGAUGUCGUUUUAUGUAUUUUAAUGGUAGAUGGAAGGUACAAGACCGCAGCUCAACACUAAUCCAUUAUUUUAGAUUACUUUUAACAUUAUAAUUUCCCUUGAGUCUGAACAACUGUUUCCUGGACUACAGUUCUUCAGACUCAAGGUGACUAAUGGAGCAGUAGAGCUCGGGGUGUUGUGAAUGGUGCGUGUUCUGCACAGAUGCUGCUGGACAGUGCUGGCAGAUGAAGUGCCUGUGUUGUCAUCUGUUGAGGCUGGGGGAACUUAAGGUUUUCAUCAGCUGAUCAAUUGUCUUCAUUUGAUGUUAAACCUUUUAAAGCAUAUUUUAUGAAACAUUAAAAAUAUUUAAUUGUUCUCUUAAGAAUUAAACUGAAGAUCCAACUGACUAGAUAGCCAUCCAGUGGUUGAAAGUUAUGGAGAGUAAUAGUGAAUGUCCACACAAUUGAAGUAGAAUAAAUUGUAGGAAGUGGAGCAAUUAUUGGCUGAGCAGUGCCUUAGGGGGCUGUGGUGCCAUCUAUUGUCAUGCACAGGAAACUUAAGAUUGUCUUCAGCUGAUCCAUUAAAAACUACACACUGUACAGGUACUGUACUGUAUUAGGUAUAGACUGCAUCCCAGAAUAUUCCCCCAAAAAAUCUUUUUACCCGAACUGCCUCUAAUAAUGACAGUGUGAAAUAUGAUCACAAACUUAAAACAGUGAACAAAUAUACAAUAGGAAUGUUGUCAAGUACAGAAUAGAGAAAGGAAAUAUUAAUUUAGGUGUGAAAAUGGAUGUGUUAAGUCAUUUUGGAAAGGGAGAACAAACAGUGGAUAUCACUACAGCCCUACACUCAAAAGUUACAGUCACAUAAUAUCUGAUGUUUUUUUAUUUUUAUUUCCCAUCCAUUAAAAAUAAAUAAAUUAAAGACCAUCAUUCAAAGUUAACCUCAAUAUUUAUACUCCCCUGUCUGAAAUGCUUAGUUUUGUUUAAUAAUUUUUUUUGUGACUCAAGUCUGGGCUUACUUUAUGUAAUAUCCAAAUUGACUGUAGUAACACAUCAAAGGUGUAGUGUAGUGUGGUGCUACAUUAGACAGAAAUUGUUGUAUUGAAUUGCAUUAAGUAUAUUGGGGUCUACUGUUUUGUAAAUACAUAUUCUCAGCUAGGUUAUAGAUAAGAUGAUUUUCAAAGUCUAAAUGGAAGAAUUUUGUCAUUUGUUUUUAGGAGCUGUUAAUUAACUUGAGUUGUUAAGUACAGUACAGUAUUUACCGUAGUUACAGCAGAGUAUCAAAUAAUACCUCAUUUGGUAGGAUGUUAACCACAAGUCAGGUUAUUGUAUUCCAUCAGUAAUUGAAAUUAUUAGGUUUGCAAGAUUUCUUAUAUAAUUUAUGAUUAAAAUUGGAAGACGUAUAAAAGGCUCAUGAAUAAUUUGGUGAGCCUUGAGUCGGGUACGAAGGAUCAAGCACCGUUAGUUGUGUCGGACAGCGUUCUUGUUAUUUCAUUCCUGGUGUUAAUAAUGAAGUACGUAGGUGCACUUUGUUCAAAACAGGAGAGACUUGGAGAAAUCUUCUACACCCAGAUGCAUUUAAUACAGUGUAGAGGAGUUAGAUAUGUAUGUGUGUGUAUGUAUGUAUGUAUGUGUGGGUGUCUUUGUGUGUGUGCGUGUGUAAGUGCCUUUGUCUGUGCACAUAUUUGUAUGUUUGUGUAUUAUUCUGACACUUUAGUAAAUUGUUUUUUAUUUGUGCUAAUGUACUUUAUACAUGCAUGUAGAUAUAGGAUGUGAUAUAUUGAAUAGCUUUACUCAGUUAGGCUGAUGCAUAUGUAUAGUCUGACUAAGGAGCGGUGAGUCAUAGUUAAUAUUUCAUUUUAAGAUUACCAUUAAAAUCUUCAUCAUCAUCUUUGUAGUUCAGUCUUAUUUUAGGGGAAUUUCAUUGAGGACAAAGUUAAGGGGGAGUAAUAUAGUUUAAGACUAAGCUAAGCACCGUAAACCGUUAACUUGACUCUUGAGUACAGUAAUGAACAGUUUAACCUGGUGGCAGCACGUGUAAACACCACAUGUUCUCAAACUACUGUACUGUACUCACAUGAACAACAUACACACACACACACACACUCACUCACACACACACACACA